AUGGAGGCAGACCACCUGCGGAGUGAUGUGUUGAAAUCGCCACGGAAGGGCAAAUAUAUUUCUCGCAGGCACUCAGCGGCAAAUGUGCCAAAUGUGCCAGCCAAAGCUGAGGGUCGGCGAACGUCGAUCUCCGCGAGAAGAAGCUCGCUGGUGCACGGGAGGCCGUCAGGCAGACGAGCUUCGUUGAGCGACUCUGGCCCAGGCAUCUUGAAAGGCGUGUCUUCAGGGCGGCGACUCAGUGCAGAUAAUUCAGGACGACGACUGAGUACUGAUGCGUCGGCUCGCACGCGGCAAGGUUUGCGCAGGCCAUCUGCCGUCUCUGUGGCCAACGUGCGGAGGGCGUCUUUGGGAUCAGUGGGAGAGACCCUGCAGCAGGCUCGCAGUGAGGCGCACAGGCUGUCGCAGUCGCAUGUGUACGACACAGCCAAGAAUGUUUUGCUGCCACCAGCGAAAGAUGCCACGUCUCCGCGCAAUCAAGUGAAAAGGGCUUCCACAACUCCGGUUCUUGUGCCGGAAAUCGUGAGCCUGGCCCCCUCCGAGGAGCUUUGCGGCGUGCAAGUUCGUAAACCCAGCGACAAAGCCAAGGCCGAAGAGUACGAGGGCCAGCAUGCCGCUCCCAAGAUGUCGGAGAAUGGCAAGCUGCUGAAGCAGACGCGCUUGUUCAGCCGGCUGUCGGACCAGGCGCUCAUUGACCUAGCGGACAAUGGAGAGGAUGGCGCUUCCUGCGCUUUUCGGAAGUUCUCUACAGGGAAGGGGAGAAGCAGAACCAAGACUGGCUUGGCCUGGUCAUCUCGGGAGCGCUGA